AUGACCUGCACCCAGCCUGGAAGAGUUGUGACCCUGGUUGAAGAUGCUGAGGGGUGCGUGUGGGGCGUUGCUUACAGAUUACCGGCUGGGAAGGAAGGAGAAGUGAAGGCCUACCUGGAUUUCCGGGAGAAGGGCGGCUACAGGACCACCACGGUCAUCUUCUACCCGAAGGACCCGUCAGUGCAGCCCUUCGACGUGCUGCUGUACAUCGGCACCCGCGACAACCCCAACUACCUGGGCCCCGCGCCGCUCGAGGACAUUGCGCGCCAGAUCCUGGGCGCCGCCGGGCCUAGCGGCAGGAACACGGAAUAUCUGUUUGAGCUGGCCAACUCCAUCAGGAACCUCGUGCCAGAGGAUGUGGAUGAGCACCUCUUCUCCUUAGAGACACUGGUCAAGGAGCUCUUGAACAAGCACCAAAAUCUCAACUGUCUAUAAAGUAACAACAAGCUGGUUCUGUCGUCAGAGAAGAGGUUUUGUUGGCCAUGGGCAUGUGACGGGGAGGAGUGUUCCUCUGUAUUGUGCUAUCCUAAUUAAUACUGCAUAUCUUAAUUAAUGCUGCAUUCAGAAUAGGAGUUGGUUGCCUAAAGCGAAACUGCCAAAAUCAUUCUUCAAGGAGUCCGGAGAAAGGCGAGCAAGGAAAGUGUUCUAGGUUUGAAUUUUGUAUCUUAGCUUUUCAUCCAAAGACUACACCUCAGGACAACCACUUAAACUUCUCUUUAUGUUUUGUUAUUAUUUUAGGUUUCAAAUAAAUCUUUAGAAUACUUUUGACUUCAAAAUCAGCAUGCAGAAACAUAGUUCCAAAGGUCUAAGUGAUAGUUUGUUCUGAUUCCAGACCACAGUGCAGGAAUUUUAAGUGAUUGGCCUAAAUUGUGUAGUAGAACAUUUAUAUCAACAUUCAACUCCUCUGAAAUGAAGUUACACCACUGAAUUAGUCAUCUCACCCUUUAGAUGUUAAUUUAUCCUUAAAUGCAGAGGAAUAAACCAUUUUAUUGUAAAGGAAAUAAUUCUUUCCCUUGGCUGCUGAUGUCAAGCCCUGAAAACCAAAACUCUGGGCACUCUGACUCAAACAAGCCAUAACCUAUCAGUGCCUCAUUUUAAUUUUUAAUC